AUUGUGAUUGUCAAUAAAAAUAUUUUUCCAUAAUUUCUAUUUAGAAAUCCAAUUAAUAAUUACAUUUCGUUGCUAAAUAGCUGCAAAUUAACUUAAUCAUCAAAAUGACUGCAGAAAGGGUUAGACCGGCUAUUACAGUCCCAGAGAAAUCUAGACUUGAGAUGAAUGUUAGGCAGCUGCUGAAUAAAUGCGAGCUCAUUGCAAAACAAGAAUCUAUUGAUAAUAAUUGGAGACUCAAGAAAUAUGUCGAGUCUUUAAGUGAAAUGAUCACUGAACUAAAGACUGGUCCUGACAAGCCAUCAAAAACUGUGCUGGCUGAGUAUUCCAAGAGAGCUUCAUUCUUAAAAGGCAUUGUCCAUACAGCUUCAUUGAACAGCCCUAGUGAAAAAUUGGAAGCAGUACAGCAACUAUCACAUGGUGCGGCCACUAUGUCUGCAGAUGCAUCAGCUCAAGAGAUACAUCAGAAGACAAGGGUCAAGUAUGGAGUUGAAUUAAGGACAGAAUUGUUUGGAUUAGAAGACAGCGACGAUGCGUUACGAAAACGCAAUAUAAUUAAAGCUCCAAACUUUACAAGUAACAGUAGCAGUCAGGAGGAUAUCGACUCCCUCCUCAAAUACCAUCAGAACAUGCAGGAGAAGGUGGCAGAGAACAUGGUGAUGCUCACCAAGAGUCUGAAGGAACAGUCGCAGAUCGCCAGUACUAUCAUUAAAGGGGAUACUGAGGCUUUGAAGAAAUCAUCGGACCUCACCGACCGUAACUUGUCUUCAUUGAAAGUGGAGUCGGAUCGCUUGCAGGAGCACAGUAAAAGUGCCUGGAAGUGCUGGCUGUGGAUCAUGCUCGCUAUCGUCAUGGUCAUAUUUAUAAAUAUGGUGCUCUUUAUGAAAGUAAUGAAGAAAAGAGUUGUAACCUAAGGUAUGUAUAAUAAACUUGAUAAGGAGAUGGAGAGUCCUAAAUACUCAAUAUGUCUUCGUUUCAUUCCAGGGAUGUUAUGGAUAUGUAAAUUCGAUUUCUGAUACAGAUAUUUAUAUUUUUAUAAAUACCUAUGAAUAUCCGUUUGUUUCGGAUAUUUCGGUCAAGGAUAAUCCUGAACCGAAAUAUCCGAAAUCAAAAUCUUUUCAAGGCAUGUUAAAUGGCUUUGAGUGUGAGCCUUGAGUGUGACUAAGUUUCCAAUCCUCUCCGAAAAUAUUUGAAACUUUUAUAUCGAUUCCGGGGUUGCGGAUUGCUUUUUAUUUCGGAUAUCCGAUAGUAACAUCCCUGUUUCAUUCCUACCUAAUGUGUACAGAAUUGAAUUAUUGUUGUAUUAUAAUGUAGGUGUGUAUAUUAUCUUAUGUAAUUUAUUUAUGGAAGAAAUCAAAUAAAGAAUUCUAAAAGUG